AUGGUCGCAAUAUAGCUCAGAUUGUCGACCCGCACGAGAGGUAUCGCCAGUUCACACGAUGUCCCACACAAGCGGAGCGAGCUCUUCGAGCUUGCCUUGCGCAGCAUGUAAAUUUCUACGACGGAAGUGCACGGCCGAGUGCGUAUUCGCACUUUACUUUCCUGCAGAUCAGCCUUUGAAGUUUUAUUAUGUGCAUAGAAUUUUCGGGGUCAGCAAUGUCUCCAAGAUAUUGCACGACUUGCCAGAAUCGAGCCGAGCAGAUGCGGUGACUUCGUUGGCUUUCGAGGCCGAGGCGAGAACGAAGGAUCAGGUAUACGAAUGUUCGGGGGCCAUUUUGUUGACGCUGAGCAGAAUUAUGGAGUUGCAAGAAGAAGUUGCGGAACUGCAGGAGAAACUAAACUAUUUCGAGGAUAAGAAGCGCAUGAGACUGACUCAGGGGCAAGGGCAAAGUGGACCCCCAAUCCCUGAACAGUGUAAAUAAUCUUCUCUAGUAAUCUAGUUGCCAGGAUGGUUACAGCAUGCCAAGGGUUUCGUUUCCUGACAUGUUCUGUUUGUAAUUAGUCAAACCGUAAUGGCACGUCCACUAUAGUGGAUCUCAGA